GCACGUGUUUUGAUUGCUGAUAAGCUCAUCAUAAAAUUUUGUAAUUUUGUAAUUAUUAUAAAAAUUCAUUCAAUGAUUAUGUUCAAUUGAAUAUUUUGCCAUUCUAAAUACAUCUCACGAUGGAAGACAUCAAAAGUGCAAUCAUCGAAAAAGCGAAGGAGUUCUUGGAAACGCGAAAAAACUCGGAUUAUUUGACCGAAAUCCUUGACGAUCUUGACAAUUACCAAUCUACAUAUGAAGCAAUUUUAGCAUUGGAAAUGAUAUUCUCAGAAUCGUUGAAAAAUCGUUCCAUGUUAACGACCGGUGAUUCUACAAAUAAUGCUCCAUCUGAACACGUAUCGUGGCUUCGAGAUCAGUACGAAACUACGUGGAAUAAACUACUGAACUUGAUGUACGAUAAAACAAACGGAGAACAGGCUGCACUUACGUUGUUCAAAUUACUCGAACAUGAAGGGAAAUUCCCCCUGGUACCUCCUCAAAAAGGCGUUUAUUAUUUUCCAUUAGAUAAAUUAGAAAUUAUUUUGAAGCAGUAUUUCAACACGAAAAUUACUCAAGGAGCUUUAAAUCAGUUGGACGAGUUCACGAAUUAUAUCGACGUAGUUUAUUAUUUAUGGUUACUCGUUCCGAGUAUUUUGACGAAAAUUAAGAAACUAGACGAACCGUUGAAAGCUAAAAUAUUGGAUAUUUUGAAAGAAGUACCGAUACCUUCGGAAGAAGAGUUACAAGAUUAUGAUCCAGAAGUACUCUUAUGCGUUACUAAAAAUAAAACGAAAUUCAAACCGAAAUACGCAGCGAUACAAGAAUCGAUUCAUAAUUUAUGGAAUAUCAUUAUAAAAUGGAAUGCUACGUCGAAUACUCAUAAAAAAGUAUUGGUACUUUUAAUUGAAAAUCUAAUGGUACAUCUUAGCAAACCUAUUUUGACCAUGGAUUAUUUAAUGGAAUCUUUGAAUGCAGGUGGUGCUGUGUCCCUUCUAGCAUUACAAGGUGUAUUUACUCUCGUCAAAGAUCAUAACUUAGAAUAUCCAAAUAUUUAUGGAAAAUUGUACUCGUUCUUCCAUCCAAGUAUUUUUUACACGAAAUAUAAAAGCAGACUCUACGUUUUGACCAAUAUUUUCUUAAGCUCGACACAUUUACCAGAAGCUUUGGUCGCAUCGUAUAUGAAACGUUUCGCUCGCCUUUGCUUAUGUGCUCCACCUCAAGAUAUCAUUAUACUAUGUGCUUUCAUCGGUAAUCUUCUGAUAAGACAUUCCGGCCUGAGAAAAAUGAUCCAGCAUCCGGAAGGAGGAUCUGUGUCAUCUGAUCCUUAUCUCGAAGACGAACUCGAUCCGAUGAAAACUAAAGCAAUGGAAAGCAGUUUAUGGGAACUGAAAACUCUCGAACAACAUAUCCUACCUCAAGUCUCAAAUGCUGUGAAUUUCAUCAAUAAACCGUUACCUAGUGUCGAAUGGGAUUUGACUCCUUUAAUCGAGAAAACGUAUAAGGAUGUGUUCGAGAAAGAAUGUAAGAAAAAAAUCCAAAAAGUGAGCGUUACUUUCGAAAGACCAGAUUCGUUCGUCGUUCCUAAAACGGAUUAUUUUUCAAAUUUGUGGAAUUUUAAUUAAUAAAAUUAGGUAUGAUAA